AUGCCCUCCUCCCAAGUGCGCGACCCCAACGAUGCCUUGACAGCAAUGGCUCCUUCGCCAUCGUUGGCGCGCAUCCCCUCACCAGCUCGCUUUGCCCUGGUCGUCUUUGGCAGCUUGAUCAUGAGCUCCGUUCUAUUUACCUUGACUGCAGACGUUACGCAGGGUGAUCUUGGUCUGGUCAGCAAGCACCUGGAGGAAUGGUGGGAAGUGGGGGGGGCUGGUGGCAUGGAAAGCCGCGGAAGUCGGAUUGGCCUGGGCUGGGAUGUCGCAUCAUUCCUAUUCCUAACCCACCAACCCACCUUCUCGCUCCUCUCUUUCUUCUAUGGCGUGCGACCAACUUCGACUCUCGCCUCAUAUUUGAUAACGAUUCUUUCAACUGUCGUCCCAUUUGCGUUCCUACGUCGACCCACUUCGGUUCACGAUCUCUCCCAUGCGCCGUCUGGUGCAGUGGCCAACCGAACUAUCCUACAGGAUACCGCUACUACGAUCUAUACCAUCCUCGCCGCGACUUCGAUAUUCAGCAUUGUGCUAUAUGGUAGCUAUGCAUCGUGGCUCCCCGCCCAGUUAGUCGUGCACUUUGAAAGCCUUCCGGACAUCAGCGCCGCCCAUGCUGGCCCUGCCGGUUUCCCCGCUCUCUUCUUGACGCUCAUCCCCUCCGGCUAUGCCGUCCGCGACUUUUUGUUCGUCAGCUCAACGGGCCACGCCGAGAAUGUCACUGAGGAAGCAGAGCCCGCAAACCGCGAGGACGAGUAUUUGAUCGUCGAUUUCUACCGUAAGACCUGGGGUCAACUAUCCGUCAAGACUCGCAUCCUUAUCUCCCGAACGCUCAUUCUUGCGUCCAGCGUUUUGCUCAACACCACUGUGCAAAUUGCCGGUACCAUCCAAGAUGUCUCUAUUCAAGGUGCAGCUAUCUGGGGCAGUGUCUGGGCCAUAUCUACUUUAGCUAUUGGUGCUACUUUCAGUUGGAUCGAAGCUGUGGACGGCGUAUGA